AUGCGUUGUUAUUUAUACUACAACAUAAAGAUGAUGCAAAUAGCUAAAUUAGUAACGGUAUGUUUUAUCAUAAACUGUCUUCCAUCAUGUCAGUCUGUAACGCAUUGGAUACAAUCAAAUGAAUUGAUCAUUCCUUUGUUGUCUUCACCAUACUAUUUGAAAAAUUCACACGACUUGGUGGCUUUUUUAAAUCAAAGUGUUUACAAAAAAAAGCUUGAUGAUUUAAUGAAAGAACUGAUAUUGAUUAAAAGUAACCUUACGCAAAAGAUGAAUCGUCUCGAUCUCUUUUCUAACGAGCUUCCAAACAAAAUCUCUUGUAUACCUGAGUUUUUCAUUGACGAGUCUGAUUUAUCAAUGAAUCAAUUAUCAAAAACUUAUUUGAAUAGAAUUAAUUUUAAACCAACAUCAGAAAAAGUAUCAAAGACUCCACAGCCGAAAUGUAGUGAAUUUGGCGUUCUUGACUUCUCGUUUGGCCUUUUUGAACACCUUGAAUCAAUGAAGAAAAGACAUAAACUUAAAAUGGAAGCCGAAGGAAUUUUUGGCUCGAAGGAAUUAGGCAUUUCAAAUUCAAAUUUUCCCCAUAUCAUGUACACAUCUCUUAAAAGUAAUCCAUUAUCUUGGAAGUUUUAUUUAUUAAGCUCAUUUUACUGGCGAUUCAAGGGUAAUGCAAAGGAAGCAAUAGACAUACCUCUGUUAAGCCUCGGAACAAUUCUACAGCGAUCAAAUUUUAUUAACGAUUCAGUUGUUGUGAUAAAAGCUGCCGUUGAUCACGCUCCAAAUGUUGCUGAAAAUUUUUGGAGUUUAUGCAAUGUUUAUUUAAUGUUAUCACAAUUUAAUAAAUCUUUGGAAUGUUUUCACAAAGUUGAGCAACUUGACAGCGCAUAUUCAGUGAAAGUUGACUUCAUUAAGAAGAGUAUAAGCUGCUUUAGAGAUCUGAAAAUAACUUUAAUAACUAUGGAAAAUUCAUUAGAUGAAAUACUGCCUGGGCUUGAGCGAUAUGGAGCGUUGAAGAAAGAGUUCGAGGAAUAUCACGAAAAGCUUGAAAGAGAACAAGUUCCACUGAAAACUCGAUAUUUUGAUGAGAAUUUUGAAGAACAUAAAAAUCAUUUGAUACAACGAAGUCAAAUUUGUUCGACACGUUUUAAGGAAAAUGAUGAACCGAUUUUAUUCUGUGACUUUCUCAGUGACAUUCAGCUUGUGAUGCAAGAUUUUGCUCUUGAUAUUCUCAAUAAUUAUGUUGAAUUGAAGAAGGAACUCAUUGCAACUUAUAAAAUUAAUUCACUUGGAAUCUACAAGAAAAUUUUUGUUGAAAACUACUCAGAACAAUGACUGACUGCAACGAGGCGUUUCAUCUGAAAAUAUUUUAAGUUCUAGAGAUAAAUAAACAUUUAAUGAUAAUAAAGAGCUCAUAUUGUAUGAUUAAAGAC